AUGGCAGCGCCUUCGACUUCGAGCGAGGCUUGCAAGUCACGAGCUAAAACUGCAAAUAGUGAAUGCAGGAGUCUUCUGCAUACUCUUCUCGUCUCUUGUACCGUUGCAAUUCUCGAUUUAUUGCGUUCAUCUGCCGCUAAAAGCCAAUUUUAAGCCUUUAUUAGUUAAUUUAAUUUUAUUAAACUGCGUGUGUUGUUAUGCUUCCCUUUAGUUCAGUAAUGUUUUGGACUCAUGAUUAUGAAGCCAUUCUAUGCAGAGAAGUCGUCAAUGUAAAUCCCUACACAACUAAGAAAGGGUCAACACAAAGAAGCAGAAUGUGGGGAAAAAUAGCAGACACCUUGAACAAAUGCACUGUGCCGAAAUUCACGGUUGAUAAGCGCUUACAAGGUUAAGCACCAAACAGUGCCAGGUUACUUUGAAAACAUUGUCAAAAGAAAUGAUUUAAAGCCAUACAGCCUCCGAAACUCAGACUUUAUCCUUCCAAGAUACAAUACUGUAAAGUAUGGAAGGCACUCCAUCAGAUACUUGGGCCCAUUGUUAUGGUCCAAGUUGUCCAGCUCUGAGAGAAAUGCACCAACUCUGAAAGACUUCAAACGAAUGGUAAACUGUAGAGAUAUCUCCGCAUUGGACAACAGUAGCUGUGCCUCUUGCUAUUUAUGUAAUACCUAAUAUGAUAUGUAAAUUUUCACGAUAAAUGUUCUUAAAUUCUAUAUGAUUAAUUUGAUAUAAAUUGUACAUAUUUUUAGGAAUUUUAGAUUCUUAAGUCUUAAUUAUGAUAAUUUUACUUUAUUUUAAUUAGCUUUUGAUUUAGUGUCCCCAAUUAGUACUGUAAUGUACUAGAAUUUUAUGACACUUGAAUAAAGGUUUCAUCAUCAUCAUCAUCAGUCCGAGACCCCGUGGGAAUCCUUGUUUACAAGCAUAAGAAGAAACUUCUAGAGCAGGAAAAAGCAACUGGGAUAACUCCCGAUGAGCCAACGGAACUAGAAAACCUAUUGGAUAUGAUCAUCGCGUUGGAGGAAAGUGGCGAAGCAGAAUUACAGGAAACACAGAGAACAGCUAGCAAAAAACGUCAAUACGUUCGGUCUAAAGCGGAAGAUGUUAGACUAAAAGCCAUGGAGAAGCUGUCAGAGACGAAGAAAAGAGGUUCAUCAGCGGAUGAAAGCAAUGACAAACCGAAGCGUCAACGAAGAAGUGGAGGUGAUGCUAUUAAACAAAGCACAAACAAAGCAUUUCUUGGCCUUUCUUAAAUGAUGCCAUGGCUAUUUCUGCAAAAGAAUUGCCGAAGAAUCACACUGAUAAAGAGCAGUUUGCAGCCGCGUCGUGUUGCAUCGCGACGGAGAUCUUAACUUUACUUUUCGCGCACAAACGACGGCGUUUUACUGUUCCAGUCCUUUAUCAGCCACCACGUUCUAGAAGUCGACGCGUCCCAGAUCUUAAAGUCCCUAAUGACUUAAAGAUAUGGCGACUACGUACCACUGAGUACGGUUGGACAUGUGCUGCCCAUUUCUGGAGUACUGGGUCGAGUACUGACCAUACGAUGCAAAAAAACGAAGUUAAGGUGAUCGACUACAUAGUGCAAACCACGGUAAAAGCAGCAGUGUCCAUUUUGCUAAGUUUGGAUUCAAUAUGUCUUUCCAAAAAAUUAGAGAUUCCCUUAUAUGUUGUUUGGCAGAUAAAGUAAUUGAUUAUGAAGAGUUUGUGCCAUUGUACAAUGCAUAUCAAUCAAAGAAUGCUGCCUAUCCGUACUGGGAAAACAAAGAUUUUUGUCUCAAUUCAUUGAGUUCGGACGAAUGUUUUGCUCAGAGUGAGCAAAGAAGAUCUUCUACGUUAAGCAGAGGCUUUACAAGUCCCGAGACGUUUCAGAUGUGCCCAAGGAACAGUUUGUAGUGGAUUGGAAGGACUCUGCAUCCUCCUGGAACGAUUAGCGUACCCCUGCAAGCUCUAUGACAUGGUUUAUCGAUUUGCACGUCCUGUUCCAGACUUUUGCACGCUUCACAACGUUGUGUUAGACUGGGUUUUUGACAACCAUUGCCAUCGACUUACAUUUUGA